AUGGAAUCGGACCCAUUACUAGCCUUGGCUGAGGAUGCCCGAACCUUUGGAAACUGCCACAAACGCACGCCACGAUCAGCACCAUCUUCGGGCGAGGUGCUAGCCACGAUGGCGCAGCAUUUCAAAACUGCCCUCGAGCGAGCGCGCCAGCAAAUUCACCUCUCGAAUCAGCAGAACAGAGUAUUGGUCAACGAGGCCAAGACCAAAGACAGAAUCAUCCAUGCCGAGCAAUUAACUAGUAAUAGACUACUAGAGGACAAAAAGAGCCUUUUGCUGAGCCUGGCUGAAUCACGCGAGCAAAUCCUGGCGCUGGAAGCCAGAGUACAGUCCCUCGAAAGCGCCCUUGAAAAGAGCGAAACAAAGAGGACCAAGAACUCGAGUGAAUCCCAUCACACCCCAACCAAUGCCAAGCCAAAAACGAAUCAACCAAGAGAAUCAGAGAAAGGAGACGGCGCUCCUCCACUACCACCAAAGACGAUCACCAAGAAAAAGUCGAUGAAGGGAUCGUCCGAUCAGAUUAAUAGACCAAGACAACAUUCAACAUUGUCAUCCUCCAAUUCAAGAGCUGCUCCCGAGUUACCUGAAAAACGGCGAAGUGCAAAUUCAAUACGGCCAAAAUCAUAA